ACCAGACUGCAAACGUGUUUAAUUCUGCUGGAAAGGCGUGCAUUUCAACAUGGGGUCUAUGGGAAUUGACUCUCCUUUGGAGCCACCCUCAAGUGGCCACUGGAUGAACUGCAGUUGUUGGCACUUCCGCAUUGGCUUCAUUUCUUCAGCACCGGAGGUUUAGAGACGUGUCUCAGCCUUCAUUUAUUGGUCAAGACCAGGAAGAAGGACUUAGAAGCACCAGCCAAGGUGAGCCAAGAUGGGAGCUUUUGCUAGCCUGUUUAAAAGCUUGUUUGGAAAGAAAGAAAUGAGGAUCCUAAUGGUAGGACUGGAUGCUGCUGGAAAGACCACUAUCCUGUACAAGCUCAAACUGGGAGAAAUUGUUACCACAAUCCCUACUAUCGGUUUUAAUGUUGAGACAGUAGAAUACAAGAACAUCAGUUUUACAGUGUGGGAUGUUGGCGGUCAGGACAAGAUCCGGCCACUCUGGAAGCAUUACUUCCAAAACACACAAGGCCUUAUCUUUGUAGUGGAUAGUAAUGACAGGGAGCGAGCUGGUGAGGGGAAGGAGGAGCUGAUGCGAAUGCUGGCUGAAGAUGAGCUGGCGGAUGCUGUGCUGCUUGUGUUUGCCAACAAACAGGACCUGCCCAAUGCAAUGAAUGCAGCUGAGAUCACAGACAAGCUGGGCCUACACUCCCUGCGCCAUCGUAACUGGUAUAUCCAGGCCACAUGCGCAACUGCCGGAGAUGGUCUUUACGAGGGUCUCGACUGGCUUUCUAACCAGCUAAAGAAAGCAAAAUGAUCCGUUACUCCACCUUCUGUCUGUCCUCUCUGUCUGCAGUGUACUGGUUCCUGGUCUCAUUCUCUCCUUCUCUCUCUUUCCUCUGAAGCGUUGGACCCUUUGCCAGUGCUACCCUGCAUCUGUGUACUGUAGGUGUGUGUUUUUUGGAUAUGUGACAUGUGAGUGGGAGCAGCCAGGUUGGGUAUUGAACACAGUUAACUCUCAAGUAUCUCAUUCCUCCAGUCUCAGCACAUCCAAAGCCACUGCUCUCCACACAGAAAAAAAGACACAGGAUGUUGAGUGUUGUGUAAUUUUGUUUUUAAAACUGCUAGUGACAUUUAGGUCUUUUAUUCACCUUGCAAAGACACACAGUAUACCACAGUGUCAUGUUUGAUACGGUAAAACAUCCCACAUCCCAGUUCACAUUCUUUUGAAAAUGUGGAGUUUUGGUGAAUUUAAGUUGAUUUUGACUGCUGCAGUGAACACUGGAUACUUAUUUAUUUCCUCUCUUUCAGAAAUGUUUGAGUCCCCAAGUCUGUAUGCUGUACGUCCUGUUACUGUCGGAAUGUAGUCAGCCUUUCUGUUUCAUGAAUGAAUGAACUGAAUCAUUUCUUCAGUUUUUAAACUGAAUUCAGUGCCACCUCUAAAUGUUUUCCCUCUUAUGGCAAUAACCUGAUAUAUAUAUUUACAUGUUUUUUUAAAGACAGAGCUUUAAAAGAUCCAUCAGGACUGAGUCUAGAAAAGGCAAUACAUGUUACAGUGUAUGUUUACAUAUAUGGAGGUGUGUUGUGUGUAGCUACUGCAUUGUUGGUGGUGGAGUGUAUCCGACCGGUGCUGUUUGGGUUUCCACCUCGUCCAGUUACUGGAUUGGUGAGGCCUUUUGUUUUUUGGACUUUCUUCCACUCUUUUUUAUUUACUGGUAGUCUUAUUUUCUAUUGUGUAUAGUUUGUUGUGUCUGUUUUCCUUUUUUAAUGUUUCUGUUGAUGCACAAACAACCUGGUUUACUUUGGCAUGAGUUGACGUGCCAGGUGUACAAAUGCUCUAGGGACCGAUUGUUUAGAUUCGGAAAGUGCCCAUUGUGUUUGGUUUGCAGGGCAUGAGUUUUCCCACCUGUGGUUUUCUAGAGGACACAAAAUUGUCAGCCUGUCUUUGAUUAACAGUACAGUUGAAUUGGAA